AAGAACCGCCUGAAAUAGUGAAAAGCCCCUUGUAGUUUCCCCUGACCUCACACGCGGAAACAAGGAAGCCCAGCCAUGGUGUCGCUGAAGCUUCAGAAGCGGCUAGCUGCCAGUGUUCUCAAGUGCGGGAAAGGAAAGGUCUGGCUUGAUCCCAAUGAAGUCAGCGAGAUUUCCAUGGCCAAUUCUAGACAAAACAUCCGAAAACUGGUGAAGGAUGGCUUUAUAAUCAGGAAGCCCACAAAGAUUCACUCUAGAUCCCGUGCUCGAAGAAUGAAGGAGGCCAAAAGAAAGGGUCGGCAUUCUGGAUAUGGUAAGCGUAAGGGUACUAGGGAGGCACGGCUGCCAACAAAAAUACUGUGGAUGAGGAGAAUGCGUGUGCUGAGGCGGCUGCUUCGCAAGUAUCGUGAAGCUAAAAAAAUUGACAAGCACAUGUACCAUGACAUGUACAUGAAGGUGAAAGGUAAUGUCUUUAAGAACAAGCGUGUUUUAAUGGAGAGCAUCCACAAAACCAAGGCAGAAAAGGCCAGAGAGAAAACUCUGUCAGACCAAUUUGAGGCCAAGCGUGCUAAGAGCAAGGCAAGCAGGGAGAGAAAGCUGGCUAGGAAAGAGGAGCGGUGGGCUCAGGGACCUGGAGAGAGAGCACCUCAGGCAGCUUCACAACCACAAACUGAGGGUGCUAAGAAAACAAAGAAGUGAUGGCUGAACUGAGACACCGGGGCUUGGGUGCUGAAGAUUGAAGGUUGAUUGUUGGAUGUAGGAUAGAAGUGUCUAUGUUGGAGCUAUAUUGUUAUCAGAACCGAACACUCGAACUCAGCUGUGGUAUUAUUUUCUUAAUGAAGUAUGUGCUCGAAUCUCAAUUUCUGUUGCGUCAAAUAUGGAGAAUACCAGUAGAUGAGGUUACAGUAAUCUGUAUGUUCAUUUUUUUGUUUUGUUUUGUUUUUUGCAUUAAACAUUGUCCGCCCUGUAGCCGUUUGAGGUUUUUAUUACAGAAGAAUUUUGUCGGAAGCAAGUCUCUUAGU